CGUUAAUGAAAAUUUGUGGUUAGGAAUUUGAAUUUGUGUAACUAGCGUCAAAUUUUAUGUUGUCUGUUGUUUAUGUUAGGAUGGUUGGGUAUUUAUUUGUGUUUUGUUUUGUGUAAUUAUGUACUGCACUUCAUGAAUAACAUUGAAAAUAUAAUAAGACGUCGAAAUGCUGAAACGUUAUCGGUUAAUAACGUUCCGUUUAUUUCCACAUUAGAGAGAUUUUGAGCCACCUAUUUGAUCAACGUUAUACGUUAUCGGUUAUUUUGCUCAUGCGCAAUAGUGAAAAAAUAACCGGUCCGCUUAAUAAGCGGUAACGUACUACGCUAAUUAUGUGGAAAUAAACGGAACGUUAUUAGCCGAUAACGUUUUAACAUCGGUGCCAAGUGUAAUACUUAUUUGGUUCAAACGAGAAAUAAACAAAAAUAAAAAUGUUCCAAGAGGAUAACAAAUAAUGCGUCAAAUAAUUCUUCAAAAUUUUUUUCUACGUAGUCUAUUUUGGUCUUCAAAAUUCACAACCUAUCCUCUAUAAUUGCAUAAAUUGGCAACGCCAACAUAUCCCUGCAAGUUGACAUUUGCAUAACCUAACCUAACCUCUAUAACCAAAGAACAAAAAACUAAACAACUUUUUCCAAAGACGUUUCCGGUUUUUUUGAUAUUUUGGUGUGGUUUAAUUCAGAGAAAAAGUUGAAAAGUAACCAUUGUUAGCUAAGCCCAAGAAAAACACCUGAAUACGGUACCACAGGUACCCCGACGUGACGACCCGAGUAUAGACAAAAUACACCCUUUAACCAUACCUUGGGGAACCCAAGACGAUUUUAUGAUGCUGUGUCAGAAGAAAAAGUUUCAGUGUUAUUUUUCCAAGCCUUUCUAAACUUUUCACCAUGGACGCUCUGAGAAAACGUCAACGCUUUACUGACCAUGACGAUUUGGUGCUGUUGCGGGAAGUAUUAUCUCAUAAUCCAUUUGAGAAUCCUGCGUUAUGGCAUGUUAUUCAAGAGAAUGUUUCCAGUUUAACUGGAAAAACAUUUGUCAUUAGAACAUUGAGGGAACAUUUGGAGAGGUUGAUAAAACUGUGGCUGGAAAUGUUUAAAAUCUUAAAAGACAAGUCAGGAAUAGAAGUAGUCUCUACAGAGAAGGAUACUUUAUGUAGUAAUAUUUACGACUUGAUGAAGGAAUUCAAAGAUUCCAAAAAGAAGAAAACCUCAGUUAGUGCAUCUAAAACUAUUGGUAUUGAUGCUCGAAACCAAUGGACCCAACUGUUGGAGGCUUCGGGAUCAUCAGUGAAGACGGAGAAUAUAGGCUCAGAAUCCCUCAUUCAUGAUCAUGGCAGUCUGACAAUUCCUGUGGAGGAUAUAUUAUCUGAUGAUGUGAGGAUAGAGUUUGUGGACGAAGUUGACUUGAGCAUGCAAGAUACUACUGAAUGCAUUGAAAAUACUGAACCGAUAAUGAAUGAAGCCUCUACAUCAUCAGCUUACCUAUCAACCCACAAAGUAAAUGUAUUGGAUCCACAGACAUCCCAUCAGACAGAUAACACAGUAGCUAGCAAUCCCGAGAUUAAGCCUUCAACAUCAAGUUCAAAACCUGCGAAAAUUUUGGGUCCAGUAAGAAGUAGGAAAAGGAAAGCUAAUACCCAAAGGCAAGGGUUAGCGUACCUAGAAAACUACGAUAAGCAGCAAAGUGACAUAAAAAAAAAACAAUUGGAACUAGAGGAGCGAAAACUAAAAGUGGAGGAAAGAAUGAUGGACUUAUUGGAAAAACAACAUGAUUUAACAGAGUUUCAAAUCAAAAAACAAUUUGAAUUAAUUGAAAAAAAAAAUAAUUUGGAAUCCCAAAAUCAGCAAAACUUGUUAGCUAUGGCUGAAAGGCAAGAUAAAUUAAUUAAUUUACUAAUAAAUAAGAUUGGUUAAUUAUUUUGCUUAGAAGUGAGUUAAUUUAAAUAAAAAUGACAGGUCUGCAAAAAAAAACAAUCAAAGAUUGCUUGUUGUAAUGUCUUAUUCUAAAUGAAAUUAACUUGGAACAGAGUCUGUCAAUUUGAAAUGUGAUUCUCGGUAAAAUGUGGGGUUUGUUUUAAGACUUUUAUUGCAAAUUAUAACUAAAAAUAAAGCUGCACAUGGCAUUCUCUGCAAAACCCCAGUUUUGAUUUAGGUUGCCUAGUCAAUCCUACACAUCAAAUAGGUUCCAAUAGAAAUCAUCCACUACAGCACAGUGUUUGAAAAACCAUAGCAAUCUUUGUGUUUUUUUUUGAAGAUCUGUUACCUGUUAUGAUAUAUUUAUAUUUAUGUUAGGUAGUAUUGUGG